UCCUCAUGAUCUUCACUGUCUCAUCGGCCCUCGACAUGUCGAUCAUCUCCUACGACAGCAACAACCACCUCGGAGACAACAAGUCGUUGGGCAGCUGGAGGACCGACAAUGUGGUGAUGUCGAUAUACGAGGGGUGGCUGGCGGAGCACGGAAAGGCAUACAAUGCUUUGGGAGAGAAGGAGAGAAGUUUCCAGAUCUUCAAGGACAACCUUAGGUACAUCGACGAAAAAAACUCCAAGAACCUUAGCUACAAGCUCGGUCUGAACAGGUUCGUCGAUCUGUUGAACGAGGAGUACCGGAACACUUACCUCGGCGCCAAGACCCGGGCACAGAUGAAGCGGGUGUCCAACAGAAACAUCAAGAGCGACCGAUACGCGCCACAUGUAGGCGAUUCGUUGCUUGACUCCGUUGAUUGGAGGAAGGAGGGCGCGGUGAGUCCAGUCAAAGACCAAGGCAGCUGCGGGAGUUGCUGGACAUUCUCAACUAUCUCCGCCGUGGAAGGUAUCAAUAAGCUAGUCACCGGCGAUCUCAUCUCCUUAUAUGAGCAGGAGCUGGUAAACUACGAUAGAACGUACAAUGAAGGCUGCAAUGGAGGUCUUACGGACUAUGGCUUCAAGUUCAUCAUCAAUAAUGACGGCAUUGAUAGCGAAGAGGACUAUCCUUACAAAGGAUAUGAUGCCACAUGUGACACCUACAGGACUCCAAAAUUGAUAUUUUCCACAGGUUUCUUGAGCUCCAGUCCGCGCUCGAAGGGUCCGUCCCGGGAAAGGUCUCUGUUCCGCCGGUAGAGUUGCCACCAAGUUCUACGCUGUUGAAGCUGGAUUAUGAGGAGAUAUUGAAUG